GGCGACUUCCGCCCGCAGACUUGCACCAAUAUUCACCAUGGCAGAAGAACAGAAGACAUCCAAUGCCGCCGCUCUUCACCCCUGCACAAUGCAAUGAAGCCAGACACCUGCUUCGCGCAAUCCUGCGUGAGGCUACAUACCUUCCCGAUGAACAAGCCCGCGUCUACGUAGCCACUCACGCCGUCGCCCGCUUUCGAGACUACACGCCCGGACACAAACCUGACGACAUCUUGCUGCAGAGGAGACACAUACAGCUCGGCGAUGCAAGGAAGGCUCUAUCCGAGCUAAGCAGAGCUAAUCAUGGAGAUUUUAAGCCCUUGAUCAAGCUUCUUCAUCUGACUUAUGCCCGUAUUGGCAAGAGACGACAUGAGCUAUUACGCGACCUGCAGUAUAAACCUCUGGCUGGUACCGACAUGAACCCCCACGAGCCACCUCAGCUCACUCCUCAACACGUUGCUUUGCUGCAGUCGCAAAAGCUGGCCACUCCUCCUAACGUUGUUCGUCCUCUGCUUCGUUCAUGGUCCUUGGACAUCCCGAAAAAGAACAGUUGGGAAAGGUCCUUGCCUAAGAAGCGCCUUGCAAAGAUCUUUCGUGACUGGUAUUCUGAGGUGCUCGAGCGUACUGUUGUACCAUUGCCUCAUGCUGAGUGGAAUCGCCUGAGAAAUCUUGCGCUAGGCAAAAUCAAAUUCCGCGGUGUGACUACUCGGCGCGUUAUGGCUGCUUCAACAGCCAGUCUACCUUCGCCGCUUGAAGUUGCCCUCGGACUCGUUCCACACAACUCGCCUGAAGUUAUCCUCAAGAACUCAUCCAACCCCAUCCAAGGUAGUCAUAAGUUCACAGCUCGUUUCAUGAAGAGGUGCUGGGCUUCUGUCUUUGCACAAUGCCCAUUAAUGUCGUGGGAUGCACAGGCUCAGAAAUGGUUGGUUGAGUGGGGUUGCGACGUCUUGGAUCAAGAAAAAGUCUUGCAUGCCACUGACGAAACUAUUCUGACCAAGAAGUGA